UCGCACAUGCGCAUCAGGGAGGGCAGCCAAGUCAAUACAGGAGAGCCGACAUAUUAGUAAAGGUAUUGGAACCGAGGUAGAACGGAACUUCCUGUUCUCGCGGGAGCUAGAGGUGGGACUGCCACGUCUAAGCAAACGGGAAAAGGAAAGGAUACUGGAGCCGCGUGAUGGCCAGAGGCCUGGAGGUCCCCCGCUGUGGGGCCGUGGGACUGCUGAUCUGGGCGGCCUUGGGGCUGCUAGUGGCCGGACACGGAGGUCAUGGCGACCUGCAAGAGGACCUGCACGAGGACUUCCAUGGACACAGCCACAGGCAGUCACAUGAGGAUUUCCACCAAGGACACAGCCAUGCCCAUGGCCAUGGCCACACUCACGAGAGCAUCUGGCAUGGGCAUACCCACGGUCACGAACAUGGACAUUCACAUGAGGAUUUGCACCAUGGCCAUGGCCACUCCCAUGAGAGCCUCUAUCACAGAGGACAUGGACAUGACCAUGAGCACAGCCAUGGAGGCUAUGGGGAGUCUGAGGCUCCAGGCAUCAAGGAGGAAUUGGACACUGUCACUCUCUGGGCCUACGCACUGGGGGCCACAGUGCUAAUCUCUGCAGCUCCGUUUUUCGUUCUCUUCCUUAUCCCUGUGGAGUCAAACUGCCCCCGGCACCGUUCUCUGCUCCAGAUCCUGCUCAGUUUUGCUUCAGGUGGACUGCUGGGAGAUGCCUUCCUGCACCUCAUCCCUCAUGCCCUGGAACCUCAUUCUCACCAUCCUCUGGAGCAACCUGGACAUGGACACUCCCACAAUGGCCAGGGCCCCAUUCUGUCUGUGGGACUGUGGGUCCUCAGUGGAAUUGUUGCCUUUCUUGUGGUGGAGAAAUUUGUGAGACAUGUAAAAGGAGGACAUGGACACAGUCAUGGACAUGGACACACUCAUGGUCACACACAUGGAAGCCAUGGACAUGGAAGACAGGAGCAUCCUUCAAAGAAGAAGCAGAGCUCAGAGGAAGAAGAAAAGGAAGGAGAGGGGUCACAGAAGAGAAGACGAGGGAGCACAGGGCCCAAAGAUGGGCCAGUGAGACCUGAGAAUUCUGAAGAUGAAAAAACAGGUUCAGAUCUGCGUGUGUCAGGGUACCUAAAUCUGGCUGCUGACCUGGCACACAACUUCACAGAUGGUCUGGCCAUUGGUGCUUCAUUUCGUGGGGGUCGGGGGCUAGGGAUCGUGACCACACUGACUGUCUUGCUCCAUGAAGUGCCCCAUGAAGUCGGGGACUUUGCCAUCUUGGUCCAGUCUGGGUGCAGCAAAAAGCAGGCGAUGCGUCUACAACUACUCACGGCAGUAGGGGCACUGGCAGGCACAGCCUGUGCCCUCCUAACUGAAGGAGGAGCAGUGGGCAAUGAAAUUGCAGGUGGUACAGGUCCUGGCUGGGUUCUACCAUUCACUGCAGGUGGCUUUAUCUAUGUGGCAACAGUGUCGGUGUUGCCUGAGCUGUUGAGGGAGGCAUCACCACUGCAGUCACUUCUGGAGGUGCUUGGGCUGCUGGGAGGAGUUGUCAUGAUGGUGCUGAUUGCCCACCUCGAGUGAGAGGUAGGAUAAACUGCCCCCACCCCAGCCCUGAACCUCUAGCCUCUUAAGUCUCCCAGGUCAGGGGACUGUGGAAUUUGGAGGCCCUGGCCAGAGACAUCUGCCAAAGAAGUUCUAUCCUAGGAAAGUGGUGACUUUGGCAUGAGGGCCAUGGCAGUCCUACAAGGGGCUGCAGAGGUGAGAAUGAGAGGCCAGAGGGGCCAUAGUGUUUGUUGAGCAUGUGCUGACCAUGUUUUUGGAUUUGCGGGGCUACAUGGGGUCAUAAAAAAGAGGAGGAGUGAUGGCAGCCUACCCCUGUCCCCCUACUCAACCUCUUCACAGAGGACCAAGCUACUACACAGGCUUCUUCAGGGUCGUCUGACUCUUUCCCACCUGUUAUUGGAAGUUUCAGGAAAGACCAGAGCCCUGGACAGAGGGUAGCAGGAAGAGUCAGGGAUGAUCAAAUAAAUGUCAAUCGUGUGUCCUAAUUUGGAAGUGAUUGGGGGAGAGGGGGAGCUACUAAUCUCAUGGCCUGAUUUUUUAAUUUCUUUUUAUAUCACUGAAUGGAAGGGGAGGGGUGGUGACCGGAAAUAAAGUCUUUAAAUCUUCCACCUCA